GUGAUAGAGGGCCCCAGGUAGGGAUGAUCCGGGAGAGAGGGGUCGGGGUGAAGAGGGUCCUGAAUGGGGAAGGUCCCCGGCCUCGGGCGAUGAGUCCUGGGCUCCUGCAGUUUCCUGCCUGGGCGCGGCAGUGUCCGCCCCGACCCGCAGCGCAGCGCAGAGGAGAAACGCGAUAGGAGGCAGCAGCUGGCCUCCCACCACCCUAAAAAUAAUCCACUCGCCGGGCUGCUGACCCGGGAGGAAAACUUGUCGUCCCAUGGAGUGCGUGAGCUCCUCGGCUUGCUACAGAGAGAUUCCAAACCACUUUGAGGAGUCACUGACUGAGUUCUGUGUACUAGUUUGAAAUUUCUUCAGACUGUGGGCAGGCGGUUUGUAACUCAAGUGCGCCAGCAGGGGGACUAACUCCUGGAGCCAAAGCCAAGUGUCUAAAAACAAUCUUAUCUGUGCGGAGGCACCAGCAUUGUCUUUCCUGUGUCACUGAUGUCAUAGCCCCCUGGAGAGUAAAGGCAAGGAAUCAAUCAAGUCACUCACUGGUCAUUUUUUUGCUAGGAAAUUUCCUACUUGGAUCUGUACAGAACCAGCCAGACAGCUAGCUAGGCAGCCAGAAACAUCUACUUAUUUUGUGAGGUCUCCACGGAGCAAGGCUAAUCAAAUAAGAAGAAAUGAGCCUUUCUUUUUGUGGGAACAACAUCUCCUCCUACAACAUCUAUUAUGGCGUUCUCCAAAACCCCUGCUUUGUGGACGCACUCAACCUGGUCCCUCAUGUCUUCCUGCUGUUUAUCACUUUUCCAAUAUUGUUCAUUGGAUGGGGGAGCCAAAGCUCAAAAGUGCAAAUUCAUCACAACACGUGGCUUCACUUCCCCGGACACAACCUGAGAUGGAUUCUGACGUUUGCGCUCCUGUUUGUCCACGUUUGUGAGAUAGCAGAAGGCAUUGUUUCAGACUCGCAGCGGACAUCCAGGCAUCUCCACCUUUUCAUGCCGGCUGUGAUGGGAUUUGUUGCCACGACGACAUCCAUUGUAUAUUAUCAUAACAUCGAGACAUCAAACUUCCCUAAAUUACUUCUAGCUUUAUUCCUGUACUGGGUAAUGGCCUUUAUUACAAAGACGAUAAAGUUGGUCAAGUACUGGCAGUUGGGGUGGGGAGUGUCAGAUCUGCGCUUCUGCAUCACAGGCGUGAUGGUCAUCUUGAACGGGCUGCUGAUGGCCGUGGAGAUCAACGUCAUCCGGGUCCGAAGAUAUGUUUUCUUCAUGAAUCCUCAGAAAGUGAAGCCUCCAGAAGACCUCCAGGACCUGGGUGUGAGGUUCCUCCAGCCAUUUGUGAAUUUACUGUCCAAAGCUACUUACUGGUGGAUGAACACACUUAUCAUAUCAGCUCACAGGAAACCUAUUGAUCUGAAGGCAAUUGGGAAGUUGCCGAUAGCGAUGAGGGCAGUGACAAAUUAUGUUUGCCUGAAGGAUGCCUACGAAGAGCAAAAGAAAAAGGCUGCUGAUCACCCCAAUCGGACCCCCUCCAUAUGGCUGGCCAUGUACAGAGCUUUUGGGAGACCCAUCCUUCUGAGCAGCACAUUCCGGUACUUGGCUGACUUGCUGGGGUUUGCUGGUCCACUGUGCAUAUCUGGAAUAGUCCAGCGAGUAAAUGAAACGCAGACCAACACAACAAGAGACAAGUUUUCGGAGACACUCUCAUCGAAGGAAUUUCUGGAGAAUGCCCAUGUGCUGGCUGUCCUGCUCUUCCUGGCCCUUAUCCUACAGAGGACGUUCUUGCAGGCUUCUUACUAUGUGACCAUAGAGACCGGCAUCAACCUCCGUGGGGCUCUGCUGGCCAUGAUAUACAAUAAGAUCCUUCGUCUCUCUACUUCUAACCUAUCCAUGGGUGAGAUGACCCUGGGACAGAUUAACAACUUGGUCGCCAUAGAAACCAAUCAGCUUAUGUGGUUCUUGUUCCUGUGUCCCAACCUGUGGGCCAUGCCUGUUCAGAUCAUAAUGGGGGUGAUCCUGCUCUAUAACUUGCUCGGGUCAAGUGCACUGGUCGGCGCUGCGGUCAUUGUGCUCCUCGCACCGAUUCAGUACUUCAUUGCCACGAAGCUGGCGGAAGCUCAGAAGAGCACUCUGGAUUAUUCCACUGAGAGGCUGAAGAAGACAAAUGAGAUAUUGAAAGGCAUCAAGCUCCUUAAGCUGUAUGCCUGGGAACACAUUUUCUGCAAGAGCGUGGAAGAGACUAGAAUGAAGGAACUCUCCAGCCUCAAAACCUUCGCGCUCUACACAUCACUAUCCAUCUUCAUGAAUACAGCAAUUCCCAUCGCGGCUGUUCUUGCGACGUUUGUGACACAUGCAUAUGCCAGUGGAAACAACCUGAAACCUGCAGAGGCUUUUGCCUCCCUGUCUCUCUUCCACAUCCUUGUCACACCGCUCUUCCUGCUGUCCACCGUGGUCAGAUUCGCAGUCAAAGCCAUCAUCAGCGUUCAAAAGCUGAAUGAGUUUCUCUUGAGCGAUGAGAUUGGUGAGGACAGCUGGAGGACUGGGGAGGGCACACUGCCCUUUGAGUCCUGUAAGAAGCAUACUGGAGUGCAAUCAAAACCCAUAAACAGGAAGCAGCCUGGAAGGUACCACCUGGACAGCUACGAGCAGGCACGGCGUCUUCGGCCUGCUGAGACUGAAGACAUCGCCAUAAAGGUGUCAAAUGGAUACUUUUCAUGGGGCAGUGCUUUAGCUACAUUAUCCAAUAUUGACAUUAAGAUUCCAACAGGUCAGUUAACCAUGAUUGUGGGCCAAGUGGGUUGUGGGAAAUCAUCUCUUCUCCUUGCCAUCCUUGGUGAGAUGCAGACCCUGGAAGGAAAAGUUUACUGGAACAAUGUAAAUGAAUCUGAGCCUUCUUUUGAAGCAACCCGAAGCAGAAGCAGGUAUUCUGUGGCUUAUGCUGCCCAGAAGCCUUGGCUCUUAAAUGCUACAGUCGAGGAAAAUAUCACUUUUGGAAGUCCUUUCAACAGACAAAGGUACAAGGCUGUCACCGAUGCCUGCUCUCUUCAGCCAGACAUUGAUUUGUUACCAUUUGGAGACCAAACUGAAAUCGGAGAGAGGGGCAUCAACCUGAGUGGGGGUCAGAGGCAGAGAAUCUGUGUGGCACGGGCACUCUAUCAAAACACCAACAUUGUCUUCUUGGACGACCCAUUCUCCGCCCUGGACAUCCACCUGAGUGAUCACUUGAUGCAGGAAGGAAUCCUGAAGUUUCUCCAGGACGACAAGAGGACAGUUGUUCUUGUGACUCACAAACUGCAGUACCUGACUCAUGCUGACUGGAUCAUAGCCAUGAAGGACGGGAGCGUGUUGAGGGAAGGGACUUUGAAAGACAUUCAGACCAAAGACGUGGAGCUUUAUGAACACUGGAAAACCCUCAUGAAUCGGCAAGAUCAAGAAUUAGAAAAGGACAUGGAGGCCGACCAAACGACGCUGGAAAGGAAGACUCUCCGAAGAGCCAUGUAUUCAAGGGAGGCCAAAGCACAGAUGGAGGAUGAAGAUGAAGAGGAAGAAGAGGAGGAAGAUGAGGAUGAUAACAUGUCAACUGUAAUGAGGCUGAGGACGAAGAUGCCCUGGAAGACAUGCUGGUGGUACCUCACUUCGGGAGGGUUUUUUCUGCUCUUCCUCAUGAUCUUCUCCAAGCUUUUGAAGCACUCGGUGAUUGUGGCUAUAGACUACUGGCUAGCUACGUGGACAUCUGAGUACAGUAUGAACCAUCCUGGGAAAGCUGACCAGACCUUCUAUGUGGCUGGGUUCAGCAUCCUCUGUGGAGCAGGCAUUUUCCUGUGCCUUGUCACCUCCCUCACCGUGGAAUGGAUGGGCCUCACAGCCGCCAAGAACCUCCACCACAAUCUCCUCAAUAAGAUAAUUCUUGGCCCAAUAAGGUUCUUUGACACCACACCACUGGGACUGAUCCUCAAUCGGUUUUCUGCUGAUACUAACAUCAUUGACCAGCAUAUCCCUCCGACCUUGGAGUCUCUGACCCGCUCCACCCUGCUCUGCUUGUCUGCUAUCGGGAUGAUCUCCUAUGCUACACCCGUGUUUCUUGUUGCCCUUGCGCCCCUGGGCGUCGCCUUUUAUUUCAUCCAGAAAUACUUCCGGGUUGCCUCUAAAGAUCUCCAGGAACUUGAUGACAGCACCCAACUCCCGCUGCUUUGUCACUUCUCAGAAACAGCUGAAGGGCUCACCACUAUCCGGGCCUUCAGGCACGAAACCAGAUUCAAGCAACGCAUGCUGGAGCUGACGGACACGAACAACAUUGCCUACUUAUUUCUCUCAGCAGCCAACAGAUGGCUGGAGGUCAGGACGGAUUACCUGGGAGCUUGCAUUGUUCUGACAGCCUCCAUUGCAUCCAUUAGUGGCUCUUCCAACUCUGGACUAGUGGGCUUGGGCCUCCUGUAUGCCCUCACGAUAACCAAUUACCUGAAUUGGGUUGUAAGGAACCUGGCCGACCUGGAAGUCCAGAUGGGUGCAGUGAAGAAAGUGAACAGUUUCUUGACUAUGGAGUCUGAGAACUACGAAGGCACCAUGGAUCCUUCUCAAGUCCCAGAGCACUGGCCGCAGGAAGGUGAGAUCAAGAUUCACGAUCUAUGUGUCAGAUAUGAAAAUAACCUGAAGCCCGUUCUGAAACAUGUCAAGGCUUACAUCAAACCGGGGCAGAAGGUGGGCAUCUGUGGUCGGACUGGCAGUGGGAAGUCCUCCUUAUCUCUGGCUUUCUUCAGAAUGGUCGACAUAUUUGAUGGAAAGAUAGUCAUUGAUGGGAUAGACAUUUCCAAACUUCCCUUGCACACGCUCCGCUCUAGACUGUCAAUCAUUCUCCAGGACCCCAUCCUGUUCAGUGGCUCUAUCAGAUUUAACUUGGAUCCUGAAUGCAAGUGCACGGAUGACAGGCUCUGGGAGGCUCUAGAAAUUGCCCAGCUGAAGAAUAUGGUCAAAUCUCUGCCCGGAGGCUUAGAUGCCACUGUCACUGAAGGCGGUGAGAACUUCAGUGUUGGACAGAGACAGCUGUUCUGCCUGGCCAGGGCCUUCGUGAGGAAGAGCAGUAUACUCAUCAUGGACGAGGCCACAGCCUCCAUUGAUAUGGCCACGGAAAACAUUUUGCAGAAAGUAGUCAUGACGGCCUUUGCAGACCGCACGGUCGUAACCAUAGCUCAUCGGGUUCACACCAUCCUGACCGCGGACCUGGUUAUCGUGAUGAAGAGAGGAAACAUUUUGGAAUACGACACCCCGGAAAGUCUCUUGGCCCAGGAAGAUGGAGUGUUUGCCUCGUUUGUCCGUGCGGACAUGUGACAGGAUGGCCCAGCAACAGCGCGUGUAUCUCAGUGCCUACCAACUGCCAGCCCGAGGGGUCCUCACCUUUGCCUUUGUAGGGUUGCACCGUCAACGUCGACAGAUUUGUGCAUGGAAAGUGGAGAUUUCUGUUUCCUGCUUUGGUCUGACCGUUUCUGAGAUACACUUCUUGUGGGUUCAUCGUGGGUUUUUUUUUUUUUACUAUGAUCAGGCCCCACUAGAAAAGUAAGCUAUGUUAAAACAUGCUAGCAACCUUAAGUGGCCAGUCAGUUUGAGGAAGCCUGGUUGACAUCUGUCGGGCACGGGGGCUGAAAUGAGUAAUCUGUGCUUCCACACUCUUGUUUUAGAAGACUAGCACUGCCUUCCUGCUGGUGUGCCCAUGCAGGAGGAGGGUAAAAGGAAAUUUAUUUUCUAACAAAAUACUCACAUUCACGAUUUACGGUAGGUGAAUAUUUUCUAUGCAUUUAACAUUAUUAAUAUUGGGUGUUUUUUUUUUUAACUUUUCUCCUUUUAAAUCAUUUCCUGUCACCACAAUGCUACCACAGUUUUGGUACCUCCAUAAAGCCAACCCCUCCCAAGAGAAAGAUCAUGAAAAGAGACUGAGUAUUUGAAAACAUUGUACUUGUGUCCAUUUUCCUCUGUCCAACAGAGAAAGUUCACAUUAGCUUCAGUCCUUCAGCAAUAGGCCGCCUAGGCUUUCUAGAGUUUAAUUCUGUAUCAGCCAGGCAAUGACUCUCAACACACAUUUUCACAGCCUAUCCUGGCUUUAUGCUAAUCUUGGCAUGUGCACAUUCCUCAAAGGUACCAGAUAUUUCCUACCAUACAUCUCCAUGGGAAGACAGAAGAGUUCACGCUCUGAAGUUGCAUAGGUGGCAAGUGUUUAUUUUUACUUGGGCAAAUUUCAGUGACAGACACUGAUGUCACACAUGUGGCCAUUUGUCUUGUUCUAAUUAUGAAGAGUGUACCAGAAGUCUGUAUGAUAAUAGCGUCAUGCUUCAUUCAAAUGCCAAUUAAUAAAGCCAUACUGACAUAAUAACAUACUGUGAUUCCAGCAUCCACAGUUUCCGUCACCUUUAACCAUUGGACAUGAGCAUUGCUGAAUUUCAUAUAAGGGUCUACACAGAAAACACGCGUCCCAUCUCCGUGGUUCCUGUACUCAUUUUAUUGUGUUGUUUAUUCUGUUUCAAGACUUACAGUUCUUGUGCUUCAGGAUAUAUCAAGGUGCCUUCAUGGACCUAGAAUGUAACAGAAGAAAAAUCUUCAUACAGAUGGACAGAAAUGUUCCAGAUUACUUAGCUUAAAGUUAUAUUUUCUUCCAUAUCUAAAAUUUCAUUAGAAGAAAAUAAUAGUAUUAUUUGCAGAAAGCCAGUAGAUCACAGUCAUUAUCAAUAAGUUCAACCUCAAAGUACUUCAUAAAAAUUUGACUAAUCUACUAAAAUACUGCUGGCUGACGUGAAAAGGUGCGGUUGGGGCAGAAGAUCAUGAUGUCUGUCAUCAAGUAACCCCUCCUUCUCACACAGAAACAGCGUUCACCUACAGAAGCAGGCCCUCAGUGUCGCCCACUGCACUACCCUGUGCACAAGUGACUGUUGGUUCCUUGAGCCUUUUGCUUACUUGAGUUGAGAACAUGUUUGAUAAUCUGAAAAAUGAAACCUAGCAAAAGAAGUCGGGGGCGGCAUCUCAGUUCAUUCUGGCACAACUUUGCCUAUGUCACCUCCGAUGACAGAAAUGUGCUUUUACUAUAGGUGAAACUAAGAAAAAGAAAUAAUCCCAACAGAGUUAAAUUUUAUAUUGAUCUUCCUAAAUCAACUCCACACAUAUUUAUUCUAUCCUAUCUGUAAAAAGCAAUAAAUGCAAAAAAAAAAAAAGAGUUCAUGGUAAAAUGACAGGGUUGUUGGUAUCACCGUGUAAGGAUCAUUUUCCUCAACGGUUAUCCUCCUACCCCCACUGUUUCUCACGAUUCGUCUAGAUCUAGGUGUGGUAUUGAAAGAUCUUUCUAAGUAUUUGGCAUUAUGAUCAGGACCAUAUCUUGUCCAUCUUUGUGCUCUUUGCACUAAAACAAGCGCAUAGCUCCAAAUAAAUAAAGUGAUUUCUCCAAUGACGUUUAGUUCUCUAACUGCUAGCCAUGUGGCUGUAACUAUUAUGGGUUGCUCUUUACUUCUCCUUGAUAUGUUUUUUUCUAUUUAUUCCCAGCAUAUUAAAUCUGUUUAUUAUGUACACCAUAUGUUUCCUCUCUAUAGUACAUGCGAACAUAUUGGCUUACCUUAUAUAAUAAAUUAGUCUUUUUGUUUACUCAA